AUGUAUGGGGUCACAAUGAAUAUGGUCAACUGGGCACAGGAGAUACUCUCCGUAAGUGAUGCUCGCUCUACUCCUUUUUUCUUGGAAGGAAUGAGCGCAAUGCACAUAAUUGAAGCCUACUGCGGUGACUCGCAUACUCUUCUGCUUUCCCAAGAAGGACGGUUAUUUGCGUUUGGUUCAGAUGCGCAUGGUCAAAUUGGAGGAGGGAAAAAGUUUGUUCCAGCCUUUGUUUCAAUGAUUAAUGGCAUUGUUUUGCUUGAAACUCAUGUUCCUAUACGUUCGAAAUCUUUAAGGUUUGACAAGCACCUUAAUCCAGCAGCAGUGGCUGAGUUGAUGGGAAGCACAGUGACCAGAGUAGCUUGUGGACGACUUUUAAGGAAUCAUUCCAUAGUCGUCAUUGGCGGUCACUUAUAUCCAUUCGGGCAAAAUGCAAAUGGCCAGCUUGGGAAUGGAUCUGCAGUAAACCAACUAAUCCCACGACAAACCGAAGAACUUGAUCACGUUGUUGCUGUUUUCGCUGGCUUCGAUCAGACGUUCAUCCUUCGAUCUCUUAACUCCCCUGCGCUGACAGCUGGUCCCAGUUGUCCUCUCAAGGUCCCUCUAUUCCUUUGCAAAAAUGAUGUAAUUGACUUACUUUCCCGUCAUGAAAAACUCGAUUUGAUUGGGCUUCUGGAGUCUGUUUUCUCAUCUGUUAGCUGUCUCAAUGGUUCGUUUCUGUACGAGGACGAUCGGCGUUUUCUUUCCGAAGGGCGAGUUUUCGGAGUGAACUUGGACGACGUCAUGGAUACUUUCACUGCUCUUGGAGAGUCAUCGGAUGCUCGUCAAUAUGCGGAUUUACUCAUUGAGACAUGCCAGAUGUCUGUAUUUGGAGAUGAUUUCAAUCCGUCUGUCAUUUGUUCAGUCGAAUCGCUUCGAGUUUACUUACUGCUGGUGUGGAUACAUCCGUUUGCCACUAAUGUUACUCGCGAUGUUGUUACUCGCCUCCACUUACCAUUUGCAGAAUCCAUAUCUAGGCUCAGGCCUGUUUAUCGGAAUGCUUUAGAAAAGUGGUGGGUCAUCCUACCCGUACGGCAUUUCAAUAGGCUUGCAACCGCAAUGCUCGCAGCAAUUCGAUGCCUUGUCAAGGAUAAGGCUAAUCCUGGUGAAUGUCGAGCUUUUCUAGAAAUUCUCGCAUCUUUGUGUGCUAUCAAUAAAGUUACGAACAAAAUACCGCUGGAAAAUUUCUAUAUUCACGAACUUGCGGAUAAUUACAAUCUAAAAAUGGAUUAUGUGAAUUGGGCACGUGCACAGGAAGGUAGAGAAGCGUCAGUGACUUGCUGGUCUAACUAUCCAUUUAUCAUGAACGCGGCUGCGAAGGGAGAACUCCUAUACGUCGAAGCAGUGAUGUCUAUGCAGACGUCGAUGAAUGGUGCGCGUUUGACGCUAUUUGGCUUCGAUCUUUUCAUUGAACAGCCAUUUUUUGAGUUGACUGUUCGCCGGCAACACAUUGUUCAGGACACUAUUAAUGGACUUCUUUCCAUUGAUAGACGGUAUCUGCAACGCCCUUUGAAGGUUCAAUUCAUGAAUGAAGAAGCAGAGGAUGCGGGUGGUGUCAAAAAGGAGUUUUUCAUGAUUUUGUUCCAAAAACUCCUGCAAUCUGACUACGGAAUGUUUGUUGAAGAUCCCGACUCACAUUUGGUAUGGUUUAGUGGAUUUGAUGUAGAGGAAGUGAACUACUAUAAAAUGGUUGGCAUACUAUGUGGACUCGCUGUCUAUAAUUGUGUGCUAGUUGCUUUUCCAUUCCCACUAGCCCUAUACAAGAUACUUCUUGACCAGCAGCCAGUGUUAGAAGAUCUGGCCGAAUUGAGUCCUGUGGAAGGUCGAAGUUUGCAGGAAUUGCUUGACUACCAGGGUGACGAUUUUGAGGAUGUAUUUUGCUUAAACUUCACCAUCAGCUAUGCUGCGUUUGGUAGCACCGAGACAUUGGAGUUGAAGGCUGGAGGGGAAAAAAUUCCUGUUACCCAGUCAAAUAAGAGCGAUUAUGUACAGGUAAGCUUUUACAGAUAUCAAAAAAGUGACUUGCAUCAUCAAUUGAAUAAAUCUUUCCAGCGGUACGUGCAGCAUCGACUUUGCAUCGGACGUAAUGGUGAAGUAGAACGUCAGGCAGCUGCAUUCCGCGAUGGAUUCAAAAUGGUGUUGAAUAGUCGUAUCGUCUCCUUCUUUCAACCAAGAGAACUCAUGGAACUAGUUGUUGGCAAUGAAAACUACGACUGGUCGGAAUUGCGCAAGGUCGGCAGUUAA